AUGAUCAUCAGUUUUGCUCACUGCCAGGAGGCCACAGAUGAGGCCACAGAUGAGACCACAGAUGAGACCACAGAUGAGACCACAGAUGAGACCACAGAUGAGACCACAGAUGAGGCCACAGAUGAGACCACAGAUGAGACCACAGAUGAGACCACAGAUGAGACCACAGAUGAGACCACAGAUGAGACCACAGAUGAGACCACAGAUGAGACCACAGAUGAGACCACAGAUGAGACCACAGAUGAGGCCACAGAUGAGACCACAGAUGAGACCACAGAUGAGACCACAGAUGAGGCCACAGAUGAGACCACAGAUGAGACCACAGAUGAGACCACAGAUGAGACCACAGAUGAGACCACAGAUGAGACCACAGAUGAGACCACAGAUGAGACCACAGAUGAGACCACAGAUGAGACCACAGAUGAGACCACAGAUGAGACCACAGAUGAGGCCACAGAUGAGACCACAGAUGAGACCACAGAUGAGACCACAGAUGAGGCCACAGAUGAGACCACAGAUGAGACCACAGAUGAGACCACAGAUGAGGCCACAGAUGAGACCACAGAUGAGACCACAGAUGAGACCACAGAUGAGGCCACAGAUGAGACCACAGAUGAGACCACAGAUGAGACCACAGAUGAGGCCACAGAUGAGGCCACAGAUGAGACCACAGAUGAGACCACAGAUGAGACCACAGAUGAGACCACAGAUGAGACCACAGAUGAGGCCACAGAUGAGACCACAGAUGAGACCACAGAUGAGACCACAGAUGAGACCACAGAUGAGACCACAGAUGAGACCACAGAUGAGACCACAGAUGAGACCACAGAUGAGGCCACAGAUGAGACCACAGAUGAGACCCUCACUGAAAAUGCACAAGGUAUGAAUUGGUGGCGGGCAGUGACUUUGAGUUGGGCGUAG